UCCAUUUUAUCCUGCAGAUUCGUAUAAUGCAAAGAGAAACAGUUCCGUAUAUUUCUCACUCCCAUGCUUUCCAAAUUCUUCGUGGGCCGAGGAGUUUGAUCUGCGUUUGCGAGUUCGAAUAGUUUCGCAAAACGUUCCUGAUGAUCUUCAAAUUUUAACGAAGAGAAAAUUUUACGAACUCUCUAACUGUGCCUGAAAAGAAGAACAACUUUUGUGCCCGACAAGCUACUCUUUGUUCUUUCCAGCCAUAAAUUUUUCGUCGCAUUGGUGUACUCGAAGGUUUCGAGUGAAUAAUCUGAAACCAUUUGCAGGAGGAGGUGUUUUUAGAGGGAGUAAUGAUGAUUUCCUUUCGGGCAGCUCCAGCUAAACUUGAGGGAAAAUAUACUGCAAUAGUUGUCUGUUGGCUUCUUGGAAAUGGCUGCCUUUUCUCGUGGAACAGUAUGCUCACAAUACAAGAUUACUAUGUUUACUUGUUCCCUCAAUACCACCCAUCAAGGGUUCUUACUCUUGUAUAUCAACCAUUCGCAUUCAUAACACUUGCAGUUCUAACAUACAAUGAGGCAAAAAUCAAUACUAGACAGCGUAAUCUGUUUGGUUAUAUCUUGUUCUUCAUAAGUUCUCUCCUGGUUUUAAUUUUGGAUCUAGCUACAUCCGGGAAAGGAGGACUAGGAACUUUUAUUGGAAUUUGUGUGAUUAGCGGUGCUUUUGGAGUUGCAGAUGCUCAUGUGCAGGGUGGAAUGGUUGGAGACCUCUCCUUAAUGAGGCCAGAGUUUGUUCAAUCCUUUCUUGCUGGUUCGGCCGCAUCAGGAGUGUUAACCUCUAUGUUAAGGUUAAUCACAAAAGCUGCAUUUGAGCAUACUAAAAAUGGGCUUCGUAAGGGAGCCAUCUUAUUCUUUGCUAUAUCUUCGUUCUUCGAGCUUCUUUGCGUUCUUCUUUAUGCAUAUGCCUUUCCCAAGCUACCUGUUGUGAAGUUUUAUCGAGCAAAAGCUGCCUCAGAAGGAUCAAAAACUGUUGCAGCUGACCUUGCUGCUGGUGGCAUCCAAAGUUUGCCUGGGGAAGUGGAUGAUGAAGAUCCACAAGAACCCGAACGCCUCAGUAACAAAGAGUUACUGUUUCAGAAUAUCGAUUAUGCACUGGAUAUAUUCCUGAUAUAUGCAUUGACAUUGUCUAUUUUACCCGGAUUUCUAUCAGAAGAUACUGGGAAGCAUAGCUUAGGUACAUGGUACGCACUUGUUUUAAUAGCAAUGUAUAAUGUGUGGGAUCUUAUUGGGAGAUACAUUCCACUACUGAAAUUCUUGAAGUUGGAGUCACGAAAAGGUCUCAUGGCGGUAAUUCUUUCUCGUUUUCUCCUGGUCCCGGCAUUCUAUUUCACAGCAAAAUAUGGUGAUCAGGGCUGGAUGAUUCUACUAACAUCCUUCUUGGGUUUAACUAACGGUUACCUUACCGUAUGUGUUCUUACUUCAGCACCAAAGGGCUAUAAGGGACCAGAGCAAAAUGCAUUGGGGAAUUUACUGGUGUUGUUCCUUCUUGGAGGACUUUUUUCAGGGGUUACACUUGAUUGGUUAUGGCUCAUUGGUAAAGGUUGGUGAAGUUUGAUUCAAGAAAGCUGAAUUCAAGUUAUACGUACAGCAUUUCUACAUACAAUUCUCUGGAUUUGAUUUAUAUACAACAUUUUUUUAUACAAUUAAGAUACGCAUUGUUUUCUGGGAAAUAAUGUCCUUCCAUUGAAGUGAUAUGAACUACCGAAGAUCUUGCAGAAAA